AUGGCCGCAUCUGGUAAUCCCCGCAUCUCCGCAUUUGGCAUUUGUCGGAGCGGCCAAGAGCAGCGCCAGAGUGGUGACCGCAUAUCUGGCGUUGCCGGAUUCAGCAAUCCCGUCCCCGCAUCGACGCAUUUGGAUUCGUCGGGACGGCUCCUGAACGGCGCCAAAGUCAAUGACCACAUGUACUCGGAGGUAGCCGAGAAUUAA